CACAGAUCCACUCACAUGUUUAAUGAAAGGACGGGCUCAUAGGUUCUGAAGGCGCACCUAAAGCUGCUUUAACCCCACUUUGAAUGAACACAAGUCAUUUUCCUGGAUUCAAUCACAUUACUGCCAGCAUUAUUUUAGUUGAUGUCAAGGAACAAUUCGAGCUAUUUUCCACGAAGCUGCUGCUGAUGGAUCCACGUCCGUGACAGAUGAGCAGAUAAUAGUCAUGAACCUGCAGAGAGAUUGUAGUCGGAGAGGAAGAGCAGGUCCCGUUUCUGAAGCAGGAAUGUUGCUCGUUUUGUUUCAAACGUGGAAAGAUGGACAAGAAAAGAAAUAAGGCGUUCAUGGCUUCCAGGCUGGGAGCUCAGGAGAGGAAGAAGAGAAACAGCAUUUAAGAUGCUUUAUCUCUGGUUCUACUGGAAUCCAUUUGGAUCAGUUUCCAGUCCAAACCUCCUGCAGCUUCACUGCACAUAUUCCCUGUUGUUUAGAGACGCUUUAACAGAAUUCAGCAGAGGGAGAGAUCUGCGGACCGAGCGGCCAAAGAUGAACACCAUGGUGUUUACCAAGCUGAGCAGCCAGGUCCUGUUCGAGGAGAAGGCGAAGGAGGUGGAAAUGAGCAGCAGAAAUUACCUGGAAGUCAUCGACGGCCAACAUCCAGAUCUCCUCUGCAGAAGCCCGGCCAUCAGAGACAACCAGGCGGUCAGACACAGGCGGAGCGGGGGUCGUCCCAGCGGGGGCAAAGUGCGUCACAAGCGCCAGGCCCUGCAGGACAUGGCACGGCCGCUCAAGCAGUGGCUCUACAAGCACAGAGACAACCCCUACCCGACCAAGACGGAGAAAAUCCUCCUGGCGCUCGGCUCGCAGAUGACUCUGGUCCAGGUGUCCAACUGGUUUGCCAACGCCAGGAGACGCCUGAAGAACACAGUGAGGCAGCCGGACCUGAGCUGGGCGCUCAGGAUCAAACUCUACAACAAAUACGUUCAGGGCAACGCAGAGAGGCUGAGUGUCAGCAGUGACGGCAGCUGCUCAGAAGUUGGAGACAACGCUCAGAGGACACAGAGUGGUCCUGAGGAUCUCAGCAAACCCUUGUACCAGAGCGUUAUCAAGAAGGAGGGCUCCUCCAUGGUGGGCAUGGCCAUAGGUAUGGACCCAGGGCUGCGUUCUGCCGUGGAGUCCUCCUCUCUGGACGAGGACUACGUGUCUCCACCCAAGUACAAGAGCAGCCUGCUGCACCGCUACCUGAACGACUCUCUGCGGCACGUCAUGGUGGCCAACGCCGUCAUGGACGCUCGCAAGAGGAACCACUCUGGCUCCUUCAGCUCCAACGAGUACGAAGAUGAGCUGCUGUCUCCGUCCUCCUCUGAAGCUGAGGCCAACUUGGUUUAUGGAGCCGAAACCACAGACCAUGGAUCAAGUAAAUGUGACAAUGGCAGCGGUGGUGUCGCAGCUACGCUGGAGGAGAAGGUGAAGGCCAAAGAUGAGACAUACUGGAAGGAGAUGAACGCCGCCAUGGCCUUGACCAACCUGGCACAGGGGAAGGACAGCGUCUCCGGGACAACCAGCUGCAUCAUCCAGAAGUCCUCACAUAUAGCUGAGGUGAAGACUGUUAAAGUGCUGAAGUAUUAGCUCUGACAUUUUUUAGCAGCAAACAUUCCUAUCUCAGUAACCUUGACAGUGUCCAAAUACUCUGCUUGACAUAAAAAGAACUGGUGCUUAAGCAGGAAAGCAGGCUUGUAUUCAAAAGAUUGUUUCCUUAUCACAAGGUUUUUGUAAUAAUAAAUUAUUUUUACUUCUUUUUUAUUACUAUACAUUUUAUAUUCUCCAGGGUGCCUUUGUUUUUAGCAGUUCAGCUUACUGAUUGUGUGCAAUGGAACAGGUGAUUACAGAGAUUUUUAGAAGGAAUGUUUUGUUGAGUGUAGGCUCUUAGUAUUAUUCAGGAUUUGCUAUUUGUAACAUUUAUGUGCCUUAAGGACCAAGUGAGUUCACUGGCAGUGAUUAACUCAAAUUGCAUUCAUCUGCACAGUUCCUCAGUGGAAGUGCCUCACAUGAAUUGUUCUUAUUUUGACUAAAGUUUCUAUUUUGACUGUAAACAGAGCACUGCUUUAUCCCUGUCAGAUUCAGGCUUCUGGCAGGCGAUCAGUGACGGCUGAAUACGUAGUUUAGCUAAAAGCUUUCUCCACCUCAUCCACAUCUCAACCUUGGAUGUCAUCAGCCACUGAAGGCUUCUUCUCAUAUCAAGCUAUGUAGCUGCUGAAACGUGCACAAGUGCUCAGCUAGACCCACAGCCAAUAUCACCCACAUGGCCAGGAAGAUAAAUGUGAAGCGACAAGUUCACUGAAAGACUGCAGUGACCUAAAAAGGAUGUUUUUACUUUACAUUUACAGUCUGCAAUGCAAAGCGUGUUGAUGUUUCACGUUUCUGCAUAAAACAGGAUGGUCUGGAAUAAAGAAGCAAACCAAAAAAAAGCCAACCUCCUCUCCCUCGCUGCCUUUUGCUCUGCAGCCUCCCCAGAUGUUCAGUGUUACAUUCAAAUAGCUGUUUACAAGAAGCCUGAGGAUAGGCUUAUAAAUGUAACUUUCUCCUCUAUAGCCUCUUUUUUCUUGCACUUCAUUACAGUAUUAUUUGUCAGCCAAGCAAGUGUUCAAAGCAUUUGUAAUGGUUGUAUGUUUUUUUCUUUCUGAUCAAAACUGUCUCUUCUGACUGUUGCAUUAAAAGAAAUCAGUCGUUCAGUAAAAAUAAUCUCUUUCUGGGAAAGUGCUUAUUCCUUAUGGUGUAUAUGUUUCACUGUUUGUUAUGAGCUGUGCAAAGCUCUCAGUCAGUGGGGACAAGUCAUAUCCUUGAGAAACUGCAGUUGCACCUCUGUGCUGCCUUUCAAUGUUAAACAUGUCUUCAAGGUCCUCAAAGGUCCUGUUUAUGUGACUCAAAAUGGAUGUAAAUUGUGUAUUUUGUAUUUACAAUGCGUUGACUGUUAUAGUGAAAGACUUUAAGAGGGAGCGAAACAUCGCACUUAGUGUCUUUACAUGUGUUAAAUGUUACCUUGAAGUUCAUGGUUACAGAGGUGUUUUAACAAAAAGAAAAGUAAAGAAUACAAACUUUUGGUUAUGUCAGUUAGUGUAUCUUAAGAAGUAGUUUGGAAUUAAUCAUACUUGCCAAACCUUAGGCUCUGUUUGUUUAUGCACUCGGGAUGUUGGCCUCCGUGUGUUUUUUUAUCCAUCUGAUACAGGUAGGUAAGCUCCAGGGAAGAACUGGAUCCACACUUUGUGUUUCAGUUUGCAGCUCUGAACCUCUGGGUCGCUCACACUUCAUGUAACGACUGCAUGCUGGAGGGAGGCAGAGAAAGAGCCAGAAGAGUUCAGAGAUGGCGAGUCUCUGCUGCUACACCACAUGUAUGAACAAAUGGGUUCAACAGCCUUGACUUUGAUACUGUAAUGUUCUCCAGCAACAAGCUCUGCUUUAAAUCAUGCUAAGAAAUACAUAGAAAGUGUAUGUUUUAUAAUGUAUAAAUUAUUACAAUUACAAAGUAAUGAAAGUGGUGAGCAUAACUUGUCUUUAAUUGUUAUUUAUGUAAUUGUUUUUAUUUGAUAAAGACUGGAUUUUUAAUCCAAUGACCAGA